CACAAGUACUGAUGAUUCGAACAAUGAUUGUCAGUGUGGUGCUGAUGACGUUUGUUGUGUACCACCUCAAUCCGAAAUAAAUGUGGAAAAAGAGAUGAUGAUUCAUGCAUCUACAACAACAUCUCAAACAUCAUCUCAAAACUAUUUCACAAAAGAAAAGGAAAUUGAAAAAUUGAAAAGUGAACUCUUGCAUUACAAACAACAACAUUCUGAUUUUAAUACAAUUAUUCAAGCUUUGAAACCACAUCCUCCACAACCUACAUUUCUCUCACCUGCCAUGGUUUUGAACAAGAUGAAGAAUGAUGGUAUUAGAAAAUCAAAAUUAACAAUUGACCAAUUAAUAAUUCUUUCAGUCAUGUCUGGAUUAUUUAUUGGAUUCGCAGGAACUUUUGCAUUGUUUACUGCUGGCAAUUGUAAAACAAUGGAAAUUGAUAAUCCAGGUUUAAACAAAUUCUUUUUUGGAGCAGUCUUCCCUAUUGGUUUGAUAUUGGUAAUCAUGUUGGGUACUGAAUUAUUCACUGGAAAUAAUCUUGUUCUUCUAAUUGGUUUCUUCUCAAGAAAGUGGAGAAACAAAAAGAUAGGUCUUCACUAUCUACAAGUCUCUAAGAACUUACUCAUCUCAUUCGUAUUCAAUGUGUUGGGAGCUGCAUUAUUUGCCUACUUGUUUGUCUAUCUUGUUCAACCAACUAGUGAUGCACAUUGGGUUACAACAGUGAAGAAUAUUGCUGUGGCUAAAGUUGCCAAGUCAUUUGGUCAGAUUGUCUUGUUGGCAAUUGUUUGUAACAUGAUGGUCACUCUGGCCGUGUUUAUUACCAAUGCAGCCACAACAGUUGAAGGUAAGAUCAUUGGUGCCUGGCUACCUAUCAUGGCGUUUGCUGCUACAGGUUUUGAGCACUCCAUUGCUAAUACAUUCUUCAUUCCAUUGGCAAUGAUGUAUGGUGCUGAUGUUACGGCCUAUCAAUUCCUAAUUGAUAACUUGUUACCAUCAACGAUUGGUAAUAUUAUUGGAGGAUCCAUUGUGGUUGGUUGCUUCUUCUACUAUGUUCAUGAUUUUAGAAGUAAUCAUCCUAGAAUUGUGUUCAAUUUAAUUGAAAAGAUGUAUGCCAAGUUGAAGAUGUGGUUUUUGAAGAGAUUGAGGCAAGAAUUACCAGUUGUGGAUGAGGAAAAUAAGGAACAAAGAGAAAUUGAAAUGCAACAAGUGGAUUCUUCGGCUCAGAUGGUGUGAGUGCCUGUUGGGAGUUUUACCAUGAUGAUUUUAAGUGGUGGUGAUUUUCAGAUACAUUUCAAAUUAGUUCACACAAGCUAAUAAAGAACCUUGCGAAAUUGUGAGG